CUCGUUCAACGAGACCCACGAGAUAAUGGCCACGUGCGCGAUAAUGUUUGUCGUUCUUCUCAUCUCGACAAUCGUGAAUUACAUAAACCCGAUGUACUUGGUAAACUAUACUCUGCGCAUACUGAUUACGUCGACCAACCAUUUUGCAGCCAACUCUCUGUGGUGGCUUAUCAUGGGCAAGCCCAUCUACAAGUGCAUGUUUGAUCGGAAUCGCUACUACACAUACUCUUACGGCAAGUGUGGCAGGUCGGUGUCAGGGAGUACGGUUUGCUACACGAACACCGGCUCCUUCUACGAGCAAAACACCGCUUACGCCAACUUUGUCCUGUCUUCCAAGAGAACCUCGUUUCUGAAUGUAGACGCUGCAAGUGAACGGGCCAUUCGGAUUUCAAUUGGAGAUGGUCUAUGUCAGGGGCAAAUCCUGACUGACUGUCCUGACCACUGCAUUGUAGCACUCAAUGAGUCGCGGCUGUACGCACCGAUUUCAGUUCCCGAUGCUGCUGCCAUGCCGCCGCUCAAGCUGAGUGCCGCUCACGUCAGGCACCUGGACUAUUACAACCAAUCCGAGCGUCAGCUGCUCUAAUUUUAUUAUUAGUUUUAUUCAUGUAACCCCAAAAAUAUAAUUUUUUUUAAAAA